ACUUUCCGGGCCAUGGCCCAAAUCCAAGUACUUCAUCAUUUCACUUUCCAAAGCUGUAGACUGUAGUAGGUAUUUAGGUUUUCUCGGCUGCUCUCUAUUAGAUCAAUCUCGCUUCGGUUGUACUACUCCAGGUUGGGAUCUUAAUUUCAGAGAUGGCUGCAAGUUUGGCUUUAAAAUUGUCCCGUGAAGUGAGGCGUCCAUUGUUGGGAGGCAUUGGAAACAAUUUGUCUAGUGUAUUGUGUGCAUCAAAUGAGAUGACUGCCUGCAAUUUCUUGUCUCAGCAAAGGACUUUCACACAGAUGGGGACUGUUCCCAAUGCUGUGGACAACUCUGGCACAAAAAGGUUGAUGUACACACAAGCUCUAAAAGGAGAAAAAGUGGCUGGAUUGGGGGAUGGCAUUGAUGCAUCAGUAAAGGAAGCUGUGUCAAAUGCAGUGAGGCGUUCACUGUUGGGGGGCUUAGGAAACAAUUUGUCUAGUUUGUUGAGCAUGUCAAAUGAGAUGACAGCCCGCAAUUUCUUGUCUCAGCAAAGGACUUUCAUACAGAUGGGGACUGUUCUCAACAUUGUGGACAACUCUGGCACCAAAAGGUUGAUGUCCACACAAGCUCUAAAGGGAGAAAAGGGGGCUGAAUUGGGGGAUAGCAUUGAUUCAGGAAAUCCGAGUUUUAAAGUGAUCCAGCGCCCAUUGUCUCCUCAUCUUUCUGUUUAUAAGCCACAGCUCACUUCAACGAUGUCAAUUUUCAAUAGGAUCGCCGGGGUUUUCCUAACCGUUGUGGUUUUGUUUUAUUAUCUUCUUUUCCUGAAAUUGCCUUCUAUUUGCUUCACCUAUGAGAGUUUCUACCGAAUUUUCGAAUUUUUCUUUGAUCAAGAUAAACUUAUCAUAAUCUCCGAGAUCACUGCUUUGGCCCUGACUUAUCAUUUGUAUAAGACGAUUUGGGUCUCAAUGCAAGGCCGGCCAUUUGGGGCAAAAAUACCGAGGAAGUAAAAGCUUGUCAAGAUCUGAGGAACAAAAGCAUGUCAAGAUCCUUACAUUGGCAGAGCAUUUUACCUGAGGUAUGGAUUCUGAUGGAACUUCUUUUUGGUCUUCAGGCAUUCAGGCUGUAAAAUCUUUAGUAUUGUAUUGAUGUGUCUUAGACUCCUUGUUUAGAAUCCCAGAAUAAAAUUCCCGAUUUAAGGGAUUUGAUUGAAGUCAACUUACCCUUUUAAUUUUUUAAGUUUGGUAAUUUACUGAUGGUAUUUUUCUAUGUUUGGCAACUUGCUGUUUGUGUACUUGAAGAAUAAUGGGCAUGUUAAUGUUCCUAGUUUUAUAUAUUAUGUUCCUAUUGAUGAAUAGAAAAUUAGAGACCUUUGCAAAA